GAAACGUCAUCUUGCUUUCUCCUCCUCCUCCUCCUUUGGCGGAUUGUAAGUUGAAGAAUUCUCUCCUUUGAUUCUCCCGACCAGCUGAUUCCAAGUUUUGGAUAAAAUUUCUUCUCAGAAGUUUGUUCGGCGGUUGUGAAUCAUAUGGGAGCAUCAGAUUCAACGCUGUUAGGCGCUCAGGAAAAGAGAGGUGGAGAUGUGAUUACGACCAUCUCUCAUCGAUCCGAAAUAGUCGAUCCCGUUCUCGAGAAUCUUAAAUCUCUCACAGUUAGCACACCGAUAUUGAAGUCACCUCCCACGGAAAGUAGCUUAACGGACAUCUUAGUGAGAAAAGCUUUGUCGAGUUCCUCUUCCAAUACUGUGGAUCCUCAGAUACUUGUAGAGCUCUUCUCCAUCUACCGUGAAUGGCAAGAGAGCAAAGCUCAAGAAAUAACCAAGAGACAGGAAGAUAUAGAAAACAAGAUAGAAGUGGCAGAUGCUUUGGCGACUAAACUUGUACAGAGGUUUAACCACUCAGUUUCUGCAAUGAGGACAACUUCCCAGCAUUUAUCUCAAGUUCAUGGGUUGCAGGUGGAGCUUGGGGAGCUUAAAGGAAGGUUGACGGAGGUGAUAAGCAACUGCGAUACAUUAUGUAAGAGAAUUAAUUCUGAGGGACCUGAAUCUCUAAGGUCAACAGUGACGCCCUUUGCUCUUACACCACCUGAUUCGUGGAUCGAGUUGAACAACUUGAAACAAGAAAAGAGGAAACAAGAAAUGGAAAAACUUUGAAACAGAAUUAGAUCGUCCAAUAACAACAACCAAGAAAAGAAAAAAAGGGUAGGAAGGAAGGGGCAGAUAAUGAUGAUGGGACUCUUUUUUUUUUGUUUUGGCUGGGACGGGCAGCUCGAGAGGAGAUUAAGGUUGCUGCUGAGCGUCCAUGUAACCAGCAUCGACGAGGACUUUCUCCCUCUUAGCCAUGUCGAGAUCUUCGUCGACCAUCAUCUUGACGAGCUGCUCGAACCCUACUUUAGGGGUCCACUUCAAC